CGCCAUCACUGCUGCUUGGGAUUGGAAGACCGAGCCCCGAGACUCCGCCCAGAAACAAAGUUCAAAGGCACGAAUCAUCUAUUGAUUAAAACCCGUGAAAAUCUUUAUUAGUCUGAACUCAACAGCAACAUGAAUAAUCAUAUUUUCAUCUUUCUUUUCUCUUUGCUUCUGGGCGGUGUGUUUGGAGCAGAUGAAGUGAAGUCAGUGUCAGUGACGGAGGGAGAUUCUGUGACUCUACACACUCAUGAUACUGAUAUACAGAGAAAAGGUUCGAUCAUGUGGACAUUUGGACCUAAAGACAUUCUCAUCUCUAAAAUCGACAGAAAUAACAAUAUGAUGACGAUAUAUGAUGGUAUUGCUGGUGGGAGAUUCAGAGACCGACUGAAGCUGGAUCAGACUGGAUCUCUGAUCAUCACAAACACCAGAAGCACAGACUCUGGACUUUAUAAAGUACACAGCAGCAGAUCAGAGACGCCGCUCAACACAUUCAGUCUCACUGUCUACGAUCCUCUGCCCGUUCCUGUCAUUACCAGAGACUCUUCACAAUGUUCAUCUUCAUCAUCAUCAUCAUCAUCAUCAUCUUCAUCAUACUGUUCACUGAUGUGUUCAGCUGUUAAUGUGGGUGAUGUGACUCUCUCCUGGUACAAAGGAAACAGUUUAUUGUCCAGCAUCAGUGUGUCUGAUCUCAGCAUCAGUCUCUCUCUACCUCUGGAGGUGGAAUAUCAGGAUAAAAACACCUACAGCUGUGUAGUGAACAAUCCCAUCAGAAACCAGCCCACACAUCUUGACAUUACUCAACUCUGUCAGCCAUGUGGAUCAGGUGUGUUUGGUGUUGAUGGAGUGAAGUCAGUGUCAGUGAUGGAGGGAGAUUCUGUCACUUUAAACACUGAUGAUACUGAAACGCAAAGAGAUGAUGAGAUAACGUGGAGAUUUGGACAAAUUCUCCUAGCUAAAAUCAACAAACGGAACCAUAAGAGCACAUUAUAUAGUGAUAGUGCUGAUGGGAGAUUCAGAAACAGACUGAAGCUGGAUCAGACUGGAUCUCUGAUCAUCACAAACACCAGAAGCACAGACUCUGGAGUUUAUAAAGUACACAGAAGCAGAUCAGAGACGCCGCUCAACACAUUCAGUCUCACUGUCUAUGGUGUGUUUGGAGCAGAUGAAGUGAAGUCAGUGUCAGUGAUGGAGGGAGAUUCUGUGACUCUACACACUCAUGAUACUGAUAUACAGAGAAAAGGUUCGAUCAUGUGGACAUUUGGAACUAAAGACAUUCUCAUCUCUAAAAUCGACAGAAAUAACAAUAUGAUGACGAUAUAUGAUGGUAUUGCUGGUGGGAGAUUCAGAGACCGACUGAAGCUGGAUCAGACUGGAUCUCUGAUCAUCACAAACACCAGAAGCACAGACUCUGGACUUUAUAAAGUACACAGCAGCAGAUCAGAGACGCCGCUCAACACAUUCAGUCUCACUGUCUACGCUGUGUUUGGUGUUGAUGGAGUGAAGUCAGUGUCAGUGAUGGAGGGAGAUUCUGUCACUUUAAACACUGAUGAUACUGAAACGCAAAGAGAUGAUGAGAUAACGUGGAGAUUUGGACAAAUUCUCCUAGCUAAAAUCAACAAACGCCACAAUAAAAGCAGGUUUUAUAGUGAUAGUGAGGAUGGGAGAUUCAGAGACAGACUGAAGCUGGAUCAGACUGGAUCUCUGAUCAUCACAAACACCAGAAGCACAGACUCUGGAGUUUAUAAAGUACACAGCAGCAGAAGAGAGACGCCGCUCAACACAUUCAGUCUCACUGUCUACGGUGUGUUUGGAGCAGAUGAAGUGAAGUCAGUGUCAGUGACGGAGGGAGAUUCUGUGACUCUUCACACUCAUGAUACUGAUAUACAGAGAAAAGGUUCGAUCAUGUGGACAUUUGGAACUAAAGACAUUCUCAUCUCUAAAAUCGACAGAAAUAACAAUAUGAUGACGAUAUAUGGUGGUAUUGCUGGUGGGAGAUUCAGAGACCGACUGAAGCUGGAUCAGACUGGAUCUCUGAUCAUCACAAACACCAGAAGCACAGACUCUGGACUUUAUAAAGUACACAGCAGCAGAUCAGAGACGCCGCUCAACACAUUCAGUCUCACUGUCUAUGCUCCGCUGCCCAUUCCUGUCAUUACCAGAGACUCUUCACAAUGUUCAUCUUCAUCAUCAUCAUCAUCAUCAUCAUCAUCAUCUUCAUCAUACUGUUCACUGAUGUGUUCAGCUGUUAAUGUGAGUCAUGUGACUCUCUCCUGGUACAAAGGAAACAGUUUAUUGUCCAGCAUCAGUGUGUCUGAUCUCAGCAUCAGUCUCUCUCUACCUCUGGAGGUGGAAUAUCAGGAUAAAAACACCUACAGCUGUGUAGUGAACAAUCCCAUCAGAAACCAGACCACACAUCUGGACAUCAGUGAAGUCUGUCAGCCAUGUUCAGCUGUGUUUGGUGUUGAUGGAGUGAAGUCAGUGUCAGUGAUGGAGGGAGAUUCUGUCACUUUAAACACUGAUGAUACUGAAACGCAAAGAGAUGAUGAGAUAACGUGGAGAUUUGGACAAAUUCUCCUAGCUAAAAUCAACAAACAGAACCAUAAGAUAAUGUUUUAUAGUGAUAGUGCUGAUGGGAGAUUCAGAAACAGACUGAAGCUGGAUCAGACUGGAUCUCUGAUCAUCACAAACACCAGAAGCACAGACUCUGGACUUUAUAAAGUACACAGCAGCAGAAGAGAGACGCCGCUCAACACAUUCAGUCUCACUGUCUACGGUGUGUUUGGAGCAGAUGAAGUGAAGUCAGUGUCAGUGACGGAGGGAGAUUCUGUGACUCUACACACUCAUGAUACUGAUAUACAGAGAAAAGGUUCGAUCAUGUGGACAUUUGGAACUAAAGACAUUCUCAUCUCUAAAUUGACAGAAAUAACAAUAUGAUGACGAUAUAUGGUGGUAUUGCUGGUGGGAGAUUCAGAGACAGACUGAAGCUGGAUCAGACUGGAUCUCUGAUCAUCACAAACACCAGAAGCACAGACUCUGGACUUUAUAAAGUACACAGCAGCAGAUCAG